AUGGGCUUGAUCUGGCUCCUGCUGCUCAGCCUGCUGGAGCCCGGCUGGCCCGCGGCGGGCCCCGGGGCGCGGCCGCGGCGCGAUGCAGGGGGCCGCGGCGGGGUCUACGAACACCUAGGCGGGGCGCCCCGGCGCCGUAAGCUCUACUGCGCCACCAAGUACCAUCUCCAGCUGCACCCGAGCGGCCGCGUCAACGGCAGCCUGGAGAACAGCGCCUACAGCAUCCUGGAGAUCACGGCGGUGGAGGUGGGCGUUGUGGCCAUCAAGGGGCUCUUCUCUGGGCGGUACCUGGCCAUGAACCAGAGGGGCCGGCUCUACGCUUCCGAGCACUACAGCGCCGAGUGCGAGUUCGUGGAGCGGAUCCAGGAGCUGGGCUACAGCACCUACGCCUCCCGGCUGUACCGCUCGGCGCCCGGUGGGCUGGGGCCGCGGCGGCAGCCCGGCGCCGAGAGACUGUGGUACGUGUCUGUGAACGGCAAGGGCCGGCCCCGCCGCGGCUUCAAGACGCGCCGCACGCAGAAGUCCUCCCUGUUCCUGCCCCGCGUGCUGGACCCCAGGGACCACGAGCUGGUGCGGCUGCUGCAGAGCGGCGGCAGGAGAGGCAGAGCCGGGGAGGCCCCCCGGGAGCGAAGCCCUCGCACAUCGGGGCUCCGCGCAGAGUGUCCACCAGCCGCACAGACGACAACUCUGUUCCCUGCCGUCUGGGCGCCGAGGGACACGUCGCCCGCCUCCCUGUGCGCUCAGACGAGGUCACAGGGAGCCCCCAGGCUGGACCGGGACUCCAGGGAGGGCGACUCUGAGACACUUGUGGGCCCGCGGCCUUCCCGGUACAUCGCCCUGUCCAGCAGCCGGCCAGUGCUCCAGGAGAGGCCCCGCAUGCUCCGAGAAGCAGCUGAGACGCGGCUGGGCCAGGCGGGGCGUGGCCCUCCAGCCGCAGAUCCGCCGAGAGCUGGCCUGCACCUGCGACUGUCCACACCCAGAGGGAUGGGGCUUCUGGGUAGGAGAGCCCCGCAGGCAGCACGCCAGCAGCAGCAGAUGUCCCGGUCACUUUUGCCGCUGGACAGGGACACAGGGCUCUUCCACCUGGUGGUCCAGGGCCAGCUCCUCUCCCCUGUUCACGGAGCUGCCGUGGGGUCCACUGAGGCCAUCCAGUGA